CUGUUACCGCUUUCAACCCUAAACCGUUACUCAAACUGUUACCAAACCCAAACAACUAAUUCUCCAAAUGGCCGCCACUUCGUUAUCCAUCCCACUCGCCGGAGUCCAAGCAUGCGCUACCUCGGGCCGCCGGAGAACCUCCUCCGCCAACUGGUGGACGCCGCUGUUCGGUUGGUCCUCCGAACCGGACUACAUUGACUCCAACAACAACAACAACAAGCCGGCGAAGCUGGAAGCCGUUCCGGCGGCGAGAGAGUCGAAAACGGCGAGACCGCGCUUCGCCGGUGGCUUCACGGAGGAGAAGGCGAGGCAGUUCCGGAAGAUGACCGUUGGCACCGAUUCCUUUCACGACACCAUGUAUCACUCCGCAAUCGCUUCUCGACUGGCCUCAGACUUCGAAGCUCGCUCCGAUUCCGAUUUGUAAUUUCUCCGGCACCGAAUAGCUUACUAUUCCUUCUUUCGUGUAUUGUAUAGCUGAUUGUUUGUGGCCGAAUUUUAGGGUUUCAAAUGUAACCAUGGAUGCAAAUUGCAAAGUGAUAUAUAAAUAAUGAUUUAGUGUUUACAAUGGAUACAAGGAUUUAGGAAUUAGGAUUGACGAUUGAUGAAUGAUGACUCUGUUGCUUCGAAUUCAAUUUGAUUGAUAUGGCUUUCCUUUUA